CAGAAAGCGCGGAGAUCUAAAGAGCUGCGAUAUGUCCAGUCCAUUCGUCCUUGUAUAAUUAUAGUCCAUCUUUACAAUUCGGUUUAAUGAAUUCUACUGCGUGUUUCUAUCAUCUCAGCAAAUUCAAUCGUCUAUGAUUGUCCGGCUCCGUCCAGCCCCGAGCUUCAUCUCGGGUGUAAAUCGGCCUUUUGUUCUUCGAAAUCGGUACCUUAGUAUCAAAAGAUGCGGAUAUCAUUCUGAUGCACGGACUCGAACAUCGAGUUUUUGGAUCCCUACAGGCGGGAUAUCCAAAAAGGCUGCUGAAGGAGAAAGAGAGGAUGCGAAUGACCUUUUAAUACGAGGUGGAUUCCUCCGACAGGCGUAUUCGGGCGUCUUUCACAUGCUGCCUCUUGGGUUGCGGGUGCAGGAAAAAUUAGAGCGGCUCAUAGACAAACAUAUGCGCUCAGUUGGCGCAUCUAAGGUUUCAUUGUCAUCAAUUUCCUCCCAGGAAUUAUGGGAGCGAUCAGGCAGAUUAAAGGAAGGCUCUGAGGUUUUCCGCUUCAAUGAUCGCAAAGAAUCGCGAUUUCUUCUAGCUCCUACUCAUGAGGAAGAGAUUACUACACUGGUAGCCAGUCUAGUCAAGUCCUAUAAAGACCUGCCGCUUCGAGUUUACCAAAUAUCGAGAAAAUACAGAGAUGAACCAAGGCCAAGACAAGGACUGCUACGUGGUCGAGAGUUCAUCAUGAAAGACCUGUACACUUUUGACUACAACAACGAGGAAGCACUGAAGACAUACAAGUCGGUGAAAGAGGCUUACGUCCGGCUGUUCAACGAGUUGAAGAUCCCGUAUCUUGUUGCCGCGGCGGAUUCUGGCAACAUGGGUGGGAACCUCAGUCAUGAAUUCCACUUCCCGAGCUCAAAAGGGGAGGAUACUGUCAUUAGCUGUUCAAGUUGUGACCAUGUUUACAAUGAAGAGCUAUCGGACGGACGAGCGUAUGGGUCCACGAAGGGCUCAGAAAGCGAACAGGCACAUGAUACGCUCGAGAUAAGCGACCAAGCUCCGGAAGCAAUCUCGACAGGCCUAUGGAUGGCGAUCUCUAAAGACAAGAGAACUCUUGUGAGAGGAUGGUACCCGAAGUUCUUGCUGCAGGAGGGGGCUGCAGAGCCAGCAGAGAGGCAUGUCAACUCCCAUGCUGUUAAAUCCAUCACGGACGCAGCUGGAGUCGAUCUUGAUCUCAGUGUCGAGAAUCCCCUGGAGCAAUGGGCCGCGGAACUCAAACGUAACCCAAGCCCUGCCUCAUCCAGCAGUCAACCGCUUAAGGUUCUUGAUCUCUACGACUCGCAUGUUAGGAUCUAUAAGCGGCCUCCUUUGAGCGAUCUGCUCCACGAAAUUGACGUCGACACCGACAUUGAAUAUGCGCUGCUAAGCCGCUUCCCCGGAACUGAGGACGGCCUCCAACUUGUUAAGGCUCAUGAAGGAGACAAGUGUCCACGGUGCGAAAAGGGCACUCUGAAGCCACAGAGUGCAGUCGAACUGGGCCAUACUUUCCACCUCGGGACACGAUACAGCGACGUGUUGCAAGCCGUCGUAACUGUUGAUUCGGCCCUUAUUAGUGAACCAAGCAAGUCACUUCAAUCAGCGUCGAAGACCCAGACAGUUCCCAUGCAGAUGGGCUGCCAUGGUAUCGGUGUCUCUCGCAUGAUAUCAGCUGUUGCUGACAUGCUCGCUGACUCGAAAGGCUUGAACUGGCCGAGAGCAAUGGCACCUUAUGAGGUUGUUAUUGUUCCAGCAAAAGGCCUGGAAGCGGACGCAGAAAAUGUAUAUGACACGCUCACGUCCAGUGGAGGUCCUGCGAUCGACGCCAUCCUCGAUGACCGUGAUAAACAGAUUGGCUGGAAACUCGGUGACGCCGACCUGAUCGGCUAUCCUGUGAUUGUGGUCGUUGGCAAGGGAUGGAAAAAGCAGCAAACACUGGAAGUGCAAUGCCGUCGCCUGGACGGCCUACGAGAAGAAGUAACUCUGGACCGUCUCCCGCAGUUCAUCAGGUCUUUACUCGACCGACUUUGAUCGCGGGAGUCCUCGGAGCUGAAUUCCUGCCCUCAGCGGACGGAUCAUGGCUGUUGUUGUAUGCUCAUAACAGCACCUGCACAUGCGGAUCCCAAAAUGUGUACUAUUAAUUCAUGUACUUUAGUAGAUCCCGAGAUAAAUACUCAAAUCCCUUUCUCAAUAUACUCC